AUGACUCUCCAUUCUAUCGCAUCAAUUAAGUCCGGAUGGCGAGAAGAAAAACACCUCCAUCUAGCGGAUCGAAAUAUUCCCACUCAACACCCCCGAUUCGAGAGCGACUUACAACGAGCGAAAAUCAUUCUGGGAUUCUCUGCCAUUGGCAAAACACACCUUGCUGCGAAAGCCAAUCGCGAAUUCGAAUGGUUACAUGUGAUAGAUCUUUCACUCAUCACUCAAGGAUUGGAUUUCACACAAGAUGACAAAACAGACUACCUGAAAACAAUUGCCGACGCCGCAGGACAGCCCGGAGUUCUGUUACUGGGAGGUCCGAGAUGGGUUGGAGAAUUCCUGGUUGCAAAUGAUUUGGCAUUCAGUAGCGUUUACCCAAGCGAAGAUUGCAGAGAGGAGUAUAGAGCGAGGUGGGACCAUAUGGGCGAGGAAUCGGGAUUGAUUACCCAUAGGUUGACAGGAUGGGACGAUUCGAUUGCGAAUAUGCAAUGGCCAAACGGAAGAUGCAUUCACUUUGAACUGUAUCCGGGAGUGUAUGUGGAGGGUAUCUUUAUGAACGUGUUGACAAUGGUGGACCAAGAUGCCGGUUUAGACGAUGAAUCAGACUCAGAUACAGGAGAAGAAUCAGACGACGUGUGGUAUGAUUCACACAAGACACCACAACCACCUACUGGGGACGCAGCGCGUCUCGUGCGCCGACCCUCUAGUCAUUGGAAUGGAUCACUGCAAACUCAAGCCGAUGCCAUACAUCAAGCCAUCACCAAUAUCAAGUCCAGCCGUUCUUCACGGAUUCGAGUCUUCCUCAAUUACAUCUUUCUGAUUCUUCAAUUUCUCUUCCUGUGGACUCUGACCACACUCAUCAUGCUGGCGUAUGAGGAAUGGAACGUAUGGCAGACGAGGAACAGACCAGACAUCCCUACCAUUGACGAAUUUGCCGCUCUUACGAACAUGCACGAUAACUUCAAUCAUUGGUUUCUUCCAGAUUGUUUAUCGUCCAUACUACCAAAUCCCAGAGAAACAUGGUUGGGAACGGCCGCUUUUCGAAAAGAGCUAGUGACGUUGGUUCAGAAGUGGCUGGAUUUAGAAGAAUCGUUGUUGAAGGCUUGA